AUGUUGCCGCAACUGGAAUCCGAGUUUGAGGGAGAUUCCUCCUUCAGUUAUGGAACCGAAUGCCCAUCGCUUUCAUCGAGUUUCCUACCUUCAGAUCAGUCUUCAGUGGGCUUCCAUGGCGCUCGCAGAGCUUCGUUGGCCUCGUCCAAUAGCUCAAUGUCACCAGAGGUGUUCUUCACCCCUUCGGCAAGGACGUCAAGUCCCACGACGCCCAUGAUGUUUGAUGCAGGCAUGCAACUAUCGUACAAACAAUACAUGAAGCCAGCAAAGUACCUGCACAUGGCUCAUCCCAUAUUCCACUUGCAGGACCAAGAGCAAGACCACCGAGACGAUGUUUGGAUGAGCAAUGUUGCUUCCAGCAACAGUCUUGGUCUCGUGGGUGGGAUGCCUGAUACUUUGAUGGCAAUGGCACACCAUCCUUUGGGCCAAGUGGAGCCAUCGUGCCUCGGUCAAAUGGCCACAAAUCCAGCUUUGACGGAUUCCAUCUUCAGCUCCCCAGAGCCCGGUCGGUUGCAUGUAACGCAUCAGGACCUGCUGCCAUGGGCCUCAGCCGACCUGCACCCACCAGCGGAGACUGUGGAGCCCAGUGCCACCUUUCAAGCCGUCCUCCCAAGCUCUCCGUUGUGCAAGCUGGAGCCAUCCACCCCGCUAAACAACCAUCUGGCUCACACAGCGGGAGCGAUGACCAGCAGUCCCUUGUCAUUCGUUUCGUCAAUGGUGGUCCCGUCACAGCGGCACAUCGAAGAACCGCCAUACAGCUCACUGGAAGAGUCGCUGAGAUUCUGUGACACCAAAAAACACCGAACAAAUCCCGAUCGGCUGCAUCGACGGAGUUAUGAGCGCAAGCGUCUAUCAGGCAUGUCGUCGAAGCCCAAGCCGGUGGCAGGCAAAUCUGGAAUGAACUGUGACCUAAUCAUCACAAAAAAUGAAUUUGCCUGUAGCUAUCCAGGCUGCAUUGACAAGAGCACGGGAGAGCAGAAACGAUUCAAGAGACAAGAGCAUAAAAAGCGACAUGAGAAGACAGUCCACGAACGAGAGAAACAUUCGGCAUAUCGGUGCUGGGUCCCUGAAUGUAACAGGCCAUUUUCCCGGACAGACAAUCUCAAAAGCCAUUUGAGAAAUACCCACUCCAAACGACCAGGAGUUCGUGGGAAUCGGUAUGUGGCAACUUUGGACAAAAACAGUGAAUACUAUGACCCAGAGUGGGUAGGCAACCUGGACAAGGAUGGGUACCCGAUCGUUUAA